CCUACUCCUCCUUCACGGACUGAGAGGAAAAAAAAAAAAAGAAAAAGAAAAAAACUCAGCUGGGAAAACCCGGCGAGACAGACGCAAAUGUGCGGUGUGUCGGAAGACGACAUUGUUUAUUUGGCUUUUGUUUGGAUCUUGUCGGACACAAUCUCGGCUCCAGCGCCGAGCUUUACUGGAAGUAAAACCAGGGCGGGACCGGACGGAGAUUCGACUCGCAUGUUCAGCCUUUAUCGAAGUUAAUGCAUACUUUGCCGGCCGACCGGUACAGGUUGCCAGAUUAAUGAGUUUUGAUCUGUCAUAAGGUCGACAGAAGGGGGAGGCAGCCGUCUGAAUAACAGGAUAAGGUUGAACGUAGGUGUAGAUGUGUGACAGUGGAGUGUGUGAGGACAAGCCCCCCGCCCCCCCUGUCAGGAUGAGCAGCCAAGGAGGAGGAGCCAAGGAUACCCAGUCGGCCAAUCACAGCUCUCGGCCACUGCCGUCUGCCCCGGAGGAGAAGAAGCCCAGGAACAAGAUCAUCUCCAUAUUUGUCUCUGAGAAAGGAUCUAAAAAGAAGGAUCGGGACAAGGACAGGCCUGAAAUUUCCUCCCCAUCAGACUUUGAACACACCAUCCAUGUUGGUUUUGAUUCCGUCACCGGAGAAUUUACCGGAAUGCCGGAGCAGUGGGCCCGGCUCCUUCAGACCUCCAACAUCAGUGAAUCGGAGCAGAAAAAGAAUCCGCAGGCUGUCCUCGACAUUCUCAAGUUCUACGACUCCACCAGCGGGAAACAGAAAUAUCUCAGCGUUUCUGCUCCAGACAAUGAUUCGCAGUUGCCUGGCAAGAAAGGCGUUGCUACCUCCCCAUUAGCCAGAGAUGGCGAUGAUGAUGACGACGAUGAUAUGCCACCGCCGGUUGUGGCACCGCGGCCAGACUGCACAAAAUCUGUGUACACAAAGUCUGUCAUUGAUCCAAUCCCGGCCUCAGAGCCGGACGGUCCAAAGGCAGCUGACCGACAGAAAGCAAAGGGAGGCAAGAUGACUGAUGAAGAAAUUAUGGAGAAGCUAAGAAGUAUUGUCAGUUUUGGAGACCCUAAGAAGAAAUACACUCGCUAUGAAAAGAUCGGCCAGGGAGCCUCUGGUACUGUUUACACAGCCAUAGAUGUUGCCACAGGACAAGAGGUGGCCAUCAAGCAGAUCAACCUGCAGAAGCAGCCAAAGAAAGAGCUGAUCAUUAAUGAGAUCCUGGUCAUGAAAGAGCUGAGGAACCCCAACAUUGUCAACUUCGUAGACAGCUUCCUGGUCGGGGAGGAGCUUUUUGUGGUGAUGGAGUACUUGGCCGGCGGCUCGCUGACCGACGUUGUGACGGAGACGUGCAUGGAUGAAGCUCAGAUCGCUGCUGUCUGCAGAGAGGUCCUUCAGGCUUUGGAGUUUCUUCAUGCCAACCAGGUCAUCCACAGAGACAUCAAGAGUGACAAUGUCCUUCUGGGGAUGGACGGAUCAGUCAAACUCACCGACUUUGGCUUCUGUGCCCAGAUCACCCCUGAGCAGAGCAAGCGCAGCACCAUGGUGGGAACUCCGUACUGGAUGGCUCCGGAGGUGGUGACCAGGAAGGCUUACGGCCCCAAAGUGGACAUUUGGUCUCUGGGGAUCAUGGCCAUAGAAAUGGUGGAAGGAGAGCCUCCGUAUCUCAAUGAGAAUCCUCUCAGGGCGUUGUAUUUAAUUGCCACCAACGGGACUCCUGAGCUGCAGAGUCCAGAGAGGUUAUCUCCCACCUUCAGGUCCUUCCUGUCCUGCUGUCUGGAGAUGGACGUUGAGAAACGAGGCUCUGGCAAAGAGUUGCUGAAGCAUCCAUUCCUGAAGCUGGCGAAACCUCUGUCGAGUCUCACCCCUCUCAUCCUGGCAGCCAAGGAGGCAAUGAAGAGCAAUCGCUAACCCAAACGCCGCCCCCCCCUCCCCCAACCUUGUGUUGAAAGACUUUAGAAAAAACAAUGGACCACUAACUGUCUUUCAGUGGUUUAUGUACAUGACGAUAAGAAACCCACCAAUAAUUAUGUUUCUGUAGUUGCCAUAAAAUGCUGCUCCAUUUUUCCCCUUUGUGUUUCUUUACUGACGCUCUUCUCAUUAUGCACCUGCGCCUUGCUCCAAAGCCGCACGAAGCAAAAGGGAGUUCCUCGCUGGCUGCCUGUGCAGCUCAUGUUUCCUGAAACAUACCUUAUAAAGGCAAAGUCAUUCUUGUUUGAGAAUCUUUGCACGUUAAGAACAUCAUCCUACAGCUGUAGCGCUACAAAAAUCCACUUAUUUAUGCAGCACAGGUUCAGUCCUCAACAGCGUUUAUUGGGACACUCUUGUUGACAGGAAAAGAAAGCAAGGAAACAUUCAGAUUUCUGCUAUUUGAACUCUGCGGCUACUUCGGGUGAUGGUCUAUGGUUACAUGUGGGCUUUAUGGUCCAGGAAAUCUGAACGGAGCAUGAAACAUAAAGCCUUUGCUGUGCUGGGCCCCAGAACGGGACAGUGUUCUCUUUGUGCUGUGGAAGAACCACGUCAGUGUCCUGUUUGUAACCCGAAAAUGUCAAUUAAACUGAGCGAAUGAUGGAAAUUUUAAAACCAAAAAUAUAUAAUGAUGCAAUUUCUUUUUAAAAACUGUUUUCUAUUAUCUGUACCAUUCUUUUUUUUAUAUGUCGCAGCUCCGAUGUUUUUUUUUUUUAUCUCAAAACAUUUUUUGUACACAGUUUCCAGUUCUUACUGUGGGCACAAUCUUUAUAGGCUCAUCUGAAUGGAGGUCACUUCAAGAAGAAAUGUGUUUAUUCCAUGAAGCCUUAAAGCCAAACUUUGGUCUUUGUAUAAAUGAUCUUUUGCUUAUGUUUUCCUAGUUAUCUUCCUUGACGUUUGUCUCGAUCUGUACAACACAAAUAUCAUCUGUAGUUUAUUAAAUGGUAAGCCGUA